GAUUGUGAUGAAGUGCUUCAUUGGAUAGUUCAUAAUCAUUGUCCAAUAAGAUCACGUAGAAGAAGAUGGAGUUUAUCAUCCCGCGCAAGAUGUUUGAGAUUAGCAAUGGAGAGCGAACAGCAUCAUGCUACUCCGGCGAAUAGAAACCACCGAAAAACGCAAAUUUUAAAUCACCAGCGAAGAUAUCAAGGAUGCAAGAACGCGACGAACUCGGCCAUUUGAACAACCGGUUAUCGGUCUAUAUAGAGCGAGUUAAAAAUCUCGAGGCAGAAAAUGCAAGUUUGUCGGCUGAGAUCGAAACGACCAGAGUUCGCAACGAGAAUGAAGUCAGCAACAUGAAAAAUAUGUUUGAAAAUGAGCUAAACGACGCUCGCAAAAUGCUUGAUGAAACGUCUAUGGAGAAGGCACGUAUACAGCUUGAAAGCGGGCGAAACGCAAGUAUUGUUGCCGAAUAUAAGAUAAAGUAUGAAAAUUCAUCCAAAAAGCUAAACAAUUGUGAGGAAAACCUUCAACUUGUGGAGAUGAAACUCAGUCAAAAUGAGAAAGCUUUGGAAAAGACACUUCGAGACAAGAGAAGGAUGGAAGGAGACAUUCAAGUGUUACAAGAUGAAAACCAACAGCUCAAGGAGGCUGUGGAAACAUCAAAAUGCAGUCUUGAGGAGGAAAUUAUGUUGCGAGUUGAUGUAGAACAUCAGUUGCAGUCAACAAAAGAGGAAAUGAAUUUCAAACAGCAAAUGUUUAACAAGGAGUUACAGGAGAUGAGAAAUCAAGUUCAACAUAUGGAAAAGCAGAAAGUAAAAAUUGAGAGCGACUACAAAUGUAAAUAUGAAGGCAUAAUGACAGAGAAAUUACAAGAGUUGCGUGAUAUCUAUGAAGAAGAAAAUGAAAAACUAACCAAUGAUGUUCAAAAUCUAUAUCUUGCCAAGUAUGAAGACAUGAAGGAACAAGCAAGGGAUGAUCAAAUUAAAUUGGCUGAAGAAAGAGAUAAAACUAGAGAUCUUACAAACAAGGUGGAAGAUUUACGAGCUGAAUAUACAGUUGCUCAAGCAAAGGUUGAUUCAUUGCAAAAGCGCCUUAAAGAGCUUGAAGAUUUGUUGGAUGAUCAACAGAUGCGUGCCAAUAAUACUAUCAAUGCACGUGAUAAAGAGAUUCAGGAUCUAAGAGAAAACAUGGCAGAAUCAUUAGCCCAGUAUGAAGAUCUUAUGGGAAUUAAAGUUGCUCUUGAUAUGGAGCUUGCCGCUUAUAGAAAACUUUUAGAAGGAGAAGAAGUUCGACUCAACAUCACUCCUCCUCCAUCGCCUGUCUUUGGUGAAAAGUACAACAAGAAAAGGCCAAACAAGCGACCUAGAAAAGAAGACAUGGAAGCAAAAACUACAAGUACUACCACAGCUGCCACUGGAAAUAUUCAGAUAAUUGAAGCAGAUAGUAAUGGAAACUUUAUUAGACUGUUUAACAGUGGAACUCAGGAAGAAACAAUGGGUGGUUGGAUUAUAUCAAGAUUUAUUGAUGCCAAAGACCCAAUAAUAUAUAAAUUCACACCAAAAUUUGUCUUGAAAGGAGGACAGUCUGUUACGAUUUGGGCCAGUUAUGGUGGAGGUCAACACAGGCCACCCACGGACCUAGUUUUUAGACAGCAAUUGUCUUGGGGAACUGGAGAUCGUAUUAAAACAACUGUUACAGACAACUUAGGAAAGGAGGUAGCCAGUUUAUUGGAAGAAGCUGUUGUUACAACAUUUGAUUGUCCAGAUUCCGGUGCCAACAAUCCUGUCAUUACAGGAAGACGAGCCAAAUUGAUGCGCUCUGGUGGAGCAAAUGAUGAAAGAUGUAUUAUUUCUUAGGCCAGGGAUACAAUGAGCAUAAAUUUAAACAAGAAGACUAAGGUUACUUUGUGCCUAUCAGCCUCAAGCAGUUCUGUUUGUCACAUUCGUUUGUACUAAACAUUUGUAAAUAUGAAACAUGUAUUCAAAUUUUAUUUACCUGCUCAAUAAACUAAAACUUGCCAUUUUUGUUACUUCCCAUCCCAUGUAACAUCAUUUUGGCUUAAAAUGA